AAAUAUUGAUGGUUGAGAACGUUCAAUAUUGUUUUUAUUUUACAUUCGUUCGCCUGACGCUAACAAAAAUGCCGUACAACCGUUACAUCCAGAUCUCAGAGGAAAGGUACAAUACCCUGAUUGGUCGUUACCAAAAAUUUAUAGAAAAUAUCCACGAUGACGACCAGGACCCAAUAAGUAUCUAUGAUCCUUUACCUAAGAAAUUUCUAGACGAAUUAGAAGUGAUCAGAGAAGUCAGCAGGGAGUUGGCGCUAAAGAAGGAUGAAGACCUGAAAAAGGCUGAUAAACAAAAUGAAGUCGAGACGAAGGUUGCUGAAACUGCUGAAAAUGAAGUCAAAAUUCCAGCUGAACCUAAAGUUUAAUUUGUUUACUUGUAAUUUCAUGUUCAUAUUAUUUAUGUAUUAAAUUUUUACGUUAU